AUGGUUAUGCUCAUAAAGGACAAGGAAGGCAGAUGGGAUGAAAGCAUGUGCAGAGUUCUGGUGCGGUCCCGUGGCAAACUGCACAAAAUCCAAACUCUAGUAGUAGUAAUCCCAGAUGACGUGGAUGCUGAUCUUGAUGGUUCAUUGGACUCCCUGUGCAGCCUAUCCAAUCUUGGUAUUUAUGGAACCAGUCGGUUGCCGACAUGGAUCGAUCCCACAUCAUUUCUCCUCCUAUCCUACCUGGACAUAAAGGUGGGUCAGAUUAGAUGUGAGGACAUCCAAGUCUUUGGCAUGCUGCAGGCUCUUCUUGUUCUGGAAGUGAAAGUGGAUGGCGCCAAACAAAUGUUUGAGAGGUUCAUGGUUACCGUGGAUGCCUUCCCAUGUGUGACACGGUGCAAAUUCUCUGGGUUUUCAACAGUGCCAUCUAUGUUCCCACCUGGAGCUAUGCCCAGGCUUCAACGUUUUAAAUUCUAUAUCCGACCAGAGGAUUUCGGUGGUCAUAGUGAAAUUACUGUUGAUGACCUGGCCAUAAGCCACCUGCCAUCCCUUCAGAACGUUCGGGUUCGCCUUGAUGGAGAGGAGACAUUGAGUGAAGAGUUAGCAUUGAAAGUAAAAGAGACACUGAGGAACGAGGCACGUGCCCACCCCAACCAUCUUAAUAUUGAUAUCCGAAUUGAUGAGAAGUGGAUCCAGCUGUGCAU